AUCAUCCUCUCCCAUAUUUCACCACAGUUUCUUCUCUCCAGGUUGACAUCACCUCUUGUCAUUAUCAGACAAGGGCGAAAGAGAAAAGAGAGCAUCACCUUCUUGGAGUACCAAACAACCCAAGGAGAUAAGAGUUUGGCGAUGGUGUCUCCUUUUCUCUUUUCAGUUUCACGAUUCUGCUCCGGAUUGCUAGGGUUUGGUGGGAGCAGUGGAUUAUUUGCUUCUCUGUGCUAUUAGGGUUUUGAUGCUUCCAAUUCAAGUUCAUCUGGACAUAAAUUGAGAAUUCAACUCAAGGAAACAAAUUCUUUCUCUUUGUGUCUCCGGUCUGCGAAAGGAAAUCUGGUUCUGAAUCUGAACCCGGCUGGGGAAGAGAGCCAUGGAAGGUAGGAGGAUAUCGGCAAGCCCAAGGCCGUGUUGUGGAAGGAGAAUAGUAGCGAAGAAAAGGGCACGCGUGGAUGGAUUCGUCAACAGCGUCAAGAAGCUUCAGAGGCGAGAGAUCUCCUCCAAGAAGGAUCGUGCUUUCAGCAUCAGCACUGCCCAAGAAAGAUUUCGCAAUAUGCGUUUGGUGGAGCAAUACGAUACUCAUGAUCCCUUGGGUCGCUGUUCCGUAGUGCUACCCUUUUUGUUGAAGAGAACAAAAGUUACUGAAAUAGUCGCUGCACGUGAUAUUGUCUUUGCGCUUGCUCAUUCUGGUGUAUGUGCAGCUUUCAGUAGAGAGACAAACAAGAGGAUAUGUUUCUUAAAUGUUAGCCAUGAUGAAGUCAUCCGAAGCUUGUUCCAUAACAAACUAAACUGCCUUAAUUAUUUGUGA